UGUGGCUAAAUCUGUGACCCUUUCUAUGACACUCAGGAGACUGUACCCUAAAAAGAAAAAAAAAAUACAUGUUUUAAAAAGUAAUUUAGGCCACCUCAUUUGCCUUCCCUCCCUUUUGCAUUCCUUACAAUGCCUCAAACAUAAGAUUUUUUUUUUUUUUUGAACUUCAGUUUCACUUUUGAGACUGCAGUAAAGUUGCACUUGCCUGAUUGCUACCUUUGGAUUUAGACUAAGAGGCGUAUGAACGGCCAGAGUACGGAAUACGUGAAGGGCAGAAUCAUGAGACAGAGUUUACCUUCUUACAUCUACUCCUUCAUGGGACUGCUGUCCUUCUGUAUUCUGUGUGCAUCCUCCACCAACAAGUGCGUGGUGAGGCGGGAAGUCGCUGACUGCAGUCACCUCAAGUUGACUCAAGUACCGAAUGACCUCCCCACAAACAUAACGGUGUUGAACCUUACGCAUAAUCAACUCAGAAGACUGCCAUCCGCUAAUCUUACAAGAUACAACCGACUGACUGUCUUGGAUGGAGGCUUUAACUCCAUCUCAAAGCUGGAGCCAGAAUUGUGCCAGAAACUGCCGUUGUUGCAAGUUUUGGACCUCCGACACAAUGAACUGUCUCAGCUUUCUGAUAAAACCUUUAGCUUCUGCACGAAUUUGACUGAACUCAAUCUAAUGUCCAACCCAAUCCAGAAAAUUCAAAAUAAUCCUUUUAAAAAUCAGAAGAAUUUAAUCAAAUUAGAUCUGUCUCAUAACGGUUUAUCAUCUACAAAACUAGGAACUCAGGUUCAACUGGAAAAUCUCCAAGAGCUUCGAUUAUCAAAUAAUAAGAUUAGUGCACUAAGACGUGAAGAACUUGAUUUCCUUGGCAAUUCUUCUUUAAAAAUAUUAGAGUUGUCAUCAAAUCAAAUUAAAGAGUUCUCUCCAGGGUGCUUUCAUGCAAUUGGAAAAUUAUUUGGUCUCUUUCUGAACAAUGCUCAACUGAGCUCUAGUCUCAUAGAGAAGCUUUGUUUGGAGUUAUCAGACACAAACAUUCAGAGUCUCUCUCUGAGUAACAACCAGCUGUACAGAACCAGCAAUAUGACUUUCUCUGGAUUAAAGCAGACAAAUCUCAGCAUGCUCGAUCUUUCCCAUAACAGCUUAAAUGUGAUUGGUAAUAAUUCCUUUGUCUGGCUCCCACAUCUGGAGUAUUUCUCUCUGGAGUAUAACAACAUUGAACAUUUAUCUUCACACUCCUUUUAUGGGCUCGUCAAUGUGAGAAACCUAAAUUUGAAACGAUCUUUUACUAAACAAAGUAUUUCCCUCACUUCUUUUCCCAAAAUUGAUGAUUUUUCCUUUCAAUGGCUCAAGUGCUUGGAGUACCUUAACAUGGAAGAUAACAAUAUGGCAGGCAUAAGACCCAAUAUGUUCACAGGGUUGACGAAUCUGAAAUACUUAAGUCUGUCCAACGCCUUCACAAGUCUGCGAACUUUAACCAAUGAGACAUUUUCAUCACUUGCUCAUUCUCCUUUACUCACACUCAAUCUAACCAAGAAUAAAAUCUUGAAAAUCGAGAGUGGUGCUUUCUCUUGGUUGGGUCAUCUAAAGGUACUAGACCUCGGCCUUAAUGAAAUUGGGCAAGAACUCACAGGGCAGGAGUGGAGAGGGCUAGAAAAUAUUUUUGAGAUCUACCUUUCUUACAACAAAUACGUAGAGCUGACUGCCACAUCCUUUGCUUCAAUUUCAAGCCUUCAACGACUGAUGCUUCGAAGAGUGACCCUUAAGAAUGUGGCUAGCUCCCCUUCCCCUUUUCAUCCUCUUCGUAACUUGACCAUCCUGGAUCUAAGCAACAACAACAUCGCCAAUAUAAAUGAUGAACUGUUGGAGGGUCUGGAGAGACUAGAAGUUCUGGAUUUGCAGCAUAACAACUUGGCACGGCUCUGGAAACAUGCGAACCCUGGGGGUCCUGUUCAUUUUCUGAAGGGUCUGUAUCACCUCCACGUCCUCAACUUGGAGUCUAAUGGCUUUGAUGAGAUACCAGCUGAGGCCUUCAAGGACUUACCCGAACUACAGAGACUCCGUUUAGGACUGAAUAAUUUAAACAUACUCCCACCAUCUGUCUUCGAUCAUCAGGUGUCUCUCACAUCAUUGAGCCUUCAGAAGAAUCUCAUCACAUCAGUUGAGAAGAAUGUUUUCUGGUCAGCUUUCAAGAACCUGAGGGAUUUAGAUAUGAGCUCUAAUCCAUUUGAUUGUACGUGUGAAAGCAUUGCCUGGUUUGUGAGCUGGAUUAAUAAGACCCAUACCAACAUCCCUGACCUAUCAAGUCAUUAUCUCUGCAACACACCCCGUCAAUAUCAUGGGUUUCCAGCGAUGCUUUUUGAUAUAUCACCCUGCAAAGACAGCGCCCCAUUUGAACUCCUUUUCAUGAUCAGUACUAGCAUGCUAUCGAUUUUUAUCUUCGUCAUACUGCUCAUCCAUUUUGAGGGCUGGAGGAUAUCUUUUUAUUGGAAUGUUUCAGUACAUAGAGUUCUUGGUUUUAAAGAAAUAGACAGACAGCCAGAGCAGUUCGAAUUUGCAGCAUAUAUCAUUCAUGCCCAUAAAGACAGGGAUUGGGUCUGGGAACACUUUUCCCCAAUGGAAGAGAAAGACCGAACUCUCAAAUUUUGUCUGGAAGAAAGGGACUUUGAAGCAGGUGUCCUUGAACUUGAAGCAAUUGUUAAUAGCAUUAAAAGGAGCAGAAAAAUUAUUUUUGUUAUAACACAGCAUCUUUUAAGAGAUCCAUUAUGCAAAAGAUUCAAGGUACAUCAUGCAGUUCAGCAAGCUAUCGAACAAAAUCUGGAUUCCAUUAUACUGAUUUUUCUUGAGGAGAUUCCAGAUCAUAAACUGAACCAUGCACUCUGUUUGAGAAGAGGGAUGUUUAAAUCUCACUGCAUCUUGAACUGGCCGGUUCAGAAAGAACGGAUAAAUGCCUUUCAUCAUAAAUUGCAAGUAGCACUUGGAUCGAGAAAUUCAGUACAUUAAAUUUGGUUAAAGAUUAAGUUGGUGGGGCCAGCAGGUGGCAUGGAAGCUAAGAUGCUGGAUUCCACAUGUCUGACAGUGCCAUUAGGGUCCCGAACCAGAAGGCUUGAAAAUCACGCAGGGCACAUGUGCUUACAUGUUCAAAAUCCCAAAAGGAGAAUAGGGGAUGGGGAGGAUUGCAGGGUGGCCACCCCCAAAAAGAUUACAUUGGCAAAGAAUAAUUUUCCCAUUUUAGAACGCUCCAUGAUAUUCUUAAGUCUUACUUGAAAGUAAGGUCAUUGGUUUAUUCAUAUUUAUAGGUGAGAGCAUCUUAUCACAAUUACAUGUCUUCUGUGGAAAUGUGUCUUUCUAUUUCAAGCAGUUUUUGAAAAAUUGUCUUAAUUCAAUGCAAAAAAAAAAAACCAUAAGCAUGAUUAGAACAUCCUACAUAAUAAUACAUGAAGUGUCAAAAUUUGAAACUUUGAUGUAAAUCGGUCAUUACUCUCAGGGCUAAAUGAGCAUAACCCUGGAAUAAGUAAUAUUCACUCUAUUGCUGGUUCUGGAAGAGUCUCCAGUCUGCCAACCCCGGGAAUAUAUGGAGGACUCAUUUUUACUUUCACUUUAUUUGUCAGCAUUACAACUGAAACAUUUGUUUGACAGCAUUUUAGUUAAGAUCUGUUCUAUAUUGAAUAAUCCUGUUUUAUUUUGACAUCAUGGAAAUGACAACUCUUUAUUUUGACAUAUUUUGUAUAGAACCUAUUAAUUUUCUCUACUCAUUAAAA